AUGCUGCUUGAUUCCGUUGCGUAUGGCAUCGUGGAGAAAACAUCUUCCUUCCUUCUAAAGGGAUCAUACGAUGAGAUUCAAGAUCCAGAAUUAAUCCCCGAUGACGUCAAGAGUUCAGUUGGAAAAAGUUUCGAGUUUCUGGUCGGUGUCGAGAAGGAACACAUUGUCUAUGUAAAUGACACCUACAAGGUGCAGAAAGUAAAGAAAGGACUUCUCAUUCUCGACACGGAAUCUGGCGAUGGACCAUUCACUGCCAUUGAUAAUGGUUCCACCAUUGCCUCUGGCGAGGAGUUGUCGGUUGUCAAGAGUAACAACCAAAGCAUUUCAGAUGAUGGCUCAACCCCAUCACCCAAGCGUGGUUUUGAAUCAAUGCAAAGUGACCCUGCCGGAUCUUCCACUUCGAAGAAGCAUUGCUCCAAGCAACUGCCGACAAAAGCCAGUAAAAAGCUGGUCAAUCCGGAUGGACUAAUUAGCCAGCAUUCCGUCGCAAAUCCAAGCGAAGCAUUUCUGGUCCAGCAAUUGAGUGAGAAUCGAAGUUAA